GGCUCCGUCGCCGUGGCAACCGGCAGCCGAGCUGGGAAAAUGGCGGCCGAGGCCGCAACGCUAAGAGAGGGAGCGGCGGGGCUUGAACCCGCGCCCUUCCUGAAGCGCUACCUCGUCCGUCUUAGCGCCCUGCGGCUCGGGGGCGACGCCAGCCAGGUCCCGGGAGGCGACAGCGGCCGCCGCACUGAGCUCCACCUGCUCUUCGACCAGCUCAUCUCCGAGACUUGCGGGCCGGGGGGAGCGGGGCCGGGGGCGCCGAGACCGGAGGUGAGGGGGCUGAGGAAGAGGAGGAGGGUGUAGAGGUGGGCGGGGGCGCAUAAAGGGAGGGAGCGGGAGGGCGGAGAGUUCCGGAUGGGAGAGACCGGGGUUCAAAUCCUCCCCGAGCCAUGAAGCUGGCUGGGCAACUUACGAUGGGCCAGUCUCUCUUCCCUCACCCUCCCUCGCAGGGUAUCGUGAGGAUACAUGGUGACGUGGGGUCGGUUUGUCAGCUCCUUGGGAGGAAAGGCCAGCUGGCAACGCAUGUUCUGUUCUGAGAACCGCCCUGAGACCUCCUGGUUCAGUGGUACCUCAGGUUACAUACGCUUCAGGUUACAGACUCUGCUAACCCAGAAAUAGUGCUUCAGGUUAAGAACUUUGCUUCAGGGUGAGAACAGAAAUCGUGCUCCGGCGGUGCGGCGGCAGCAGGAGGCCCUAUUAGCUAAAGUGGUGCUUCAGGUUAAGAACAGUUUCAGGUUAAGAACGGACCUCCGGAGCGAAUUAAGUACUUAAACCGAGGUACCACUGUAUAGGGCAAUAUAUAAAGUCAAUUUUAAAAAUAAAAAUUUAAAAAUCUUGAGUGUGCUUUACUUUGCAGGAUGUCUGUGAACUACUUGUUCAGGCUUGCAAGCUUGUACCACUUAAUCAAGAACAUCUUGUCAACAAAGUUUGCCAGCUGAUUCAUCACUUGCUUAACAGAUUUCCGGUAAGAAAAUUAAUUUCUCCCACCCCGGCCUCCCCUACUUUCUGAUCCAGUGUGUGAGUUGAAGCUAGGAGUGCGUUCACACACAUAGCAGUGUUCGUGCCCCCACGUGGUUUUUGCUCAGCUGUCUCUGGGACCAGAGAAUUGAAUGGUUGUUGCGCUGCAGUAUUUAUUGCAGUAUUCCGAGUUCUCUGAAAUGGGAAGCAUCCUUAGGUGACUGGUAGGGCAUAUGUUCCAGCACCUGCAGUUAUAAGGAGGAUCAUGAGUGGGUGAUUGAGAGGGGCUUUUGCCGGUUAGCCUGGAGAGCUGCUGCCAGUUGGAACAGGCAGUAUUGGGCUAGGUGGACAACUAGUCUGAUCUCAGGUAGUUUCCUGAGCAAGUAUAAAGUUAUGCACAUUGGGACAAGAAGUCCUAACUUCAUAUGAAUGGGGUCUGAGAUUUGGGGUUCACAGUGAAUAACCGUGUGAGAAUGAUGACUCAUUAUGCGGCACCUGUGAAAAAGGCAAACACCAUGUUAGAUAAAUUCUUGAUACCUUUCCUUUCAAUACAAAUCUAUGAUGUGACUAUGUUUGGGGUGCUGUGGGCAGUUCUGGUCUCCUCACUUCAAAAAGGAUAUUGUAGAGCUGCAAAAGGUGCAGAAAAGGGCAACAAAUAAGAUCAAGGGGCUGGAACAACUCUCAUAUGAGAAAACAUUUAGAACUUUUUAGUUUAGGAAAAGGAAAGGUGAGAUGUCAUAGAGGUUUAAAACAAUUUCUUUAUACAAUCGCAGGUUAUAGUUGAUGAGGAGAGUCUGAAAUAUCUUCUGCCUUAUUUUAUCUCUGCGCUGAAGCAGUGCAGCACUUGGACGCAUGUUGAAAUCCUGCAGGCCUUGGCAGCUUCUGUCUACAACACGGGAUCUAAGUGCCAAAAGGUGGGUUGAGAACAAGGUGGAACCAUUCCCCUAUCAGUCAUCUGGUGUCAGGAUGAUGCAGGGCCAAGGAGCCUUAGCAGUUGCCAAGGGGGGGGUCUGAGGAUGUCAUGUUGGGGCCCCUCAUCAUUGUUCUGUUUUUAUCUUUCAUGCAGUUGAGUAUUAGUCUGUUUUGGCUUCAGGAUAUUAUGAGAUAUUAAGCCGUUUUCAUUUGAAUAAUAAUAAUAAUUGGAUCAUGUAUCUAGCAGUGUGGGGACUGGUAUUUUAUAUUUUUAGUAUCUUCCGGAUUUGCUGGGAGAAAAUGGACUUCUGGUGCAACUCAGCAGCCCUGCUCAGACCGACACCGAGCUUAAGAGGGCCGCAGUGCUUAGCAUGGCAAAUCUCUGCCUCAGGUAAGGAAAACUGCUCUGGUGGUGUCUUUUUUCUCUGUAAUAGACGUUCUUACCUGCUCUGAUUUGGCUUUAACUGCUUGUUGUUGUUUUUUAGCACACCUGGGCAAUCAGGUCUGGAGGAACCUUACAGAGAGCUCUGCUUUCAGGCUUUUCUUAGUGUCUUACAGUCUUCAAAAGGAUCUGGGGUGGAUGACAUCACCUUUUGCAUGGUAAGCAAAUGUGGCCCUUUUGUCUGAGACACACUGGUUAGCAGCAACUUUCCUGAUCACUUCUGGGGAUGGUUUCCUCAACUGUAAAAUGCAGCAAUGCCCUACAGCAAUGUCCCUUUUAUUUAACAAUAAAAUUCCUUUUCCCAAGCCUAAUUGCUUUGGAGCAGGGUAAACAUGUAUGUUUGUGGUGUGCUUGUGCCAUUUUUGACAUCACCUGCUCUGUCCAUGCCUGCUUUUUGUUUUGGCUCCACCUGUUGCUGGCAUAUGGCUCCCAGACGGUUGUGCAUGUGGGAAAGUGGCCCUUGGGCUGAAGAAGAUUCUCUGUGCCUGUCUUAAAUUGUGUAACCAAACAAUUAAACACCUGUGUUGCAAACAAUUAUCAGUAAUAUCCAAGGCAACACGAUGACCAAGUACAACAAUGCAAUAUCAAUAUAAACUCUUUAUAUAUCUAUACGGAACAUUGAACAAUAUGAAAAACCAAAUAAACAGAAAUCUUAUCAAUCUCUGAAAGUCACAAAAUGUGCACUCUUGAUGGAUUCUCUUGAAAACAUAGAACCAAAUAAACAUGAGUCUUAUAAGUCUCUGAAAGUCUUUGUAGACUAUGCAAGUCUCUGAAAGAUAUACCCACUGUUUAAUAGAAUUCUUCUUCAGCACAGCAGAAGGAUACAGAAAUGCUUCAUAAACCCAUCUAUAUGGUGAAUGGAAUUGUGUAACAACAAUAUCUAUGGAGCAGUGGUCAUAAAGUUAUAACUUCCUGCUGUGCUGAAGAAGAAUUCUACAAAACAGUGGGUAUAUCCGGAAUCAUUGUUCACUAUGUCUGUUUGCAGACCACUUCGGCAGCAUCGGACAUCAUAAAACAAAGCUUUACAGCUUCUUUUCAUCAGAUAAGAAUCUGACCCAUUGCUUCUUUCAGAGACUUGCUUAGUCUACAAAGACUUUCAGAGACUUAUAAGACUCAUGUUUAUUUGGUUCUAUGUUUUCAAGAGAAUCCAUCAAGAGUGCACAUUUUGUGACUUUCAGAGAUUUAUAAGAUCUCUGUUUAUUUGGUUUUUCAUAUUGUUCAAUGUUCUCUUUAUAUAGAUUAUAUAAAGAGUUUAUAUUGAUAUUGCAUUGUUGUACUUAGUCAUUGUGUUGUCUUAAAUUGUGGUCAACCUAUUGCUGAAGGAGCAUAUCAGCUUUGCUUGCAGUCAUGUUUUGGAAAAUGCUCCGGGUUCUCGGAAAGAAGUCUUUUCCUUGUCUGAUGUACAGGAAAUCUCUUAACUGGAACUGGGAUGGCAUAUAAUGGAAUGCAUAUGCUCUGUUUCACAGUUAUACCCCUCUCCAAUGAGUUUGCUUGCAACUCAUAAUUAGUUGGCCAACUCCUCUUACUUUGCUGUUUUUAAUGUUGCAGAUCUUGCCAGUGGAACAAUCUGAUAACAUUUUGAAAUUGAUUUAAUGUGCAGUCCUGUAUCAUAGGCCCGAAGAUUCUUGUUUGGUCAAAGCCACAUGCUGAGCUUGUGACUAAAUUUGGGUGUGAUGCUGUGAAAUACUUUCUGGAUUUUGGGAAAGAUUUGCAGAUGAAAUUUAAUGCUUUACACUAAUUGUAUCAUGUGCUACAACAUUGUGACUUCAGACAGUGCCAAGUUGAUGGGCCAAGUGGCUAAUGUUGUUGUUCUCUCCCCCACCCCCACCCCCGGUCUUCUAGUUGUUGCAGAACGCCUUGAAAGGAAUCCAGUUACUCUUAAAUGGUGGGAAGAUGAAGUUGACACAAACUGAUCAUCUCGGUUCCCUUCUUGCUGUAUUAAAGGUGACGUGUUUAAAAUGGAAGUCUAUCCCUUUUCUAUCCCUUUUGUCAUAGAGGAAGGUGAACUUUCUGGCCAUGAUGCUUCUCAUAAUCUGCACUGCAAAUACUUGUCUUAGCAAUAAGAUCCUGCCUUUCAGCCUCCUGUAUUCCAUUCUUGCAGUCUGCUUUUGAAAUUCCGUCACUUUCUAGGACUAAAUUUGUGUCUUGGUUUGGAUAUCAUGAUAAAACUAUAGUGUAUCGAAGCAUUUCCAGACAUGGUGUUCUCUAGAUCUGUUAGACUACAGUUGGGAUGUUGGGAGUUUUAGUCCAACGACAUCCAAAGUACAUCAGAUGGGGAAGUCUGGUGUAUCAGGACAGAAAUGAGCCUCUCCCCCCCGCUCCCCCAGGUUUGAAUGCUGCCCUGUCCUCUCUCCUUUAUUGCAGCUGCAAGGAAGACUUGGGAAACUCUCACUUCCAUUUUUUUAUUAACCAUCAUUUGUGUCACUUUAAUCGGCAAACUUCUUAAUCUAUGGUCAUUUGAAACAAGUCCAUUAUAAACCAUGGAUUAAAGCAACCUUUUCAACAAGCCAUAGUUAAGAUUAGCCACAGUUUAGAGCUAAACUCGCUAACCUAAAAUGAAAGCAAAAGCUCCUGAUCUCUCUAUGGUUGUGCCAGAGGAGAGACAGGGAACACGUGAGCCUCUGGUGGAGGUUAGGCUAAUUCCCAUUAGGAUAAAUCAUGGUUUCUUUAUCAUCAUCUUCUUUUACAUUUGAGUGCAGCUUAUGUGGGCAGGUUCUAGCUGGGCAUUUUCAGCUGAGUUUGCAUGGAUAGAUUUGGUUGGCAUGCUUUAAAAAUCCUACAAGGAAUUUUAGAGUAGCAAAGCUGCGGUUUUUUUAAUGUAUAGUGAGAAAUCUGAAGUGAAUUUAGGAAUGUUUAGCAAAAGAAUUAGGAGGGAUGACACAGGAAUCCAGAGACACCUUGAAGAAAGAGGAGGGUAGCUUUUGUCUGGAGCCACUGAAGUAGAACAUUUCCAAAAACAAGAAGGGACCCACUGCGUAUUGACUUGCUGUCACCAAAUAAUGCAAUUCUCAUGGGGGGUGGGGUGUUGUUUCUCAUUUUAGAAGUGCAUGUUCCAUGGGCUUCCUGGACUGAACAUAGAAAUGCCGGCCGUUUUAUAUCCAGCAUUGCUUCCUCAAUAUGACAGCAGGUCGCCGGACAAGCAGGAGAAGUCAGACCUGAGAAAUGCUAAAAUGACUGGGGUAAACAUAUUUUUGCAUUGAUCUUUCAUUUGUGUAAAUCUACCAUUUAAAAAUAGUUCAAACGCUGCAUCCGCACAGACUGAGCACAUUUUUCAUACACUCGCUGGCCUCUGCUUCACCAUUUUUUAAGGAUGUCUAGGCAAUGACAUUUUGUGACAGAUACCGGAAGGGCAGGGGGCCAUCUAUAAAAGAGAAUAGUGAAAAUACAUGCCCUGCACUCCCCUGGUUUGUAUGCUUGUCUAGAAUCAUUAAUCUCUAAAUGCAUGAGAGUUUACAGAAUUCAGGGGAAGGAGAGGCAGGUUAAUGGGUGGGGUAUGCUUUUGUUUCCGUACAGAUGACUGUUUUAAGUACAAGCCGUGUUUCAGUAUGGCCUUGGAAUCAGGUUUUGGCAAAGGAGGCUUGAGGGGGAGUUUGAAGGGAAUAAGCAAAGAGGCUGGUUUUACCCUUUUAAGAAAGUUUUGCCUACUUUGAAAGGGGGCAGACUUUCCUCAGAAAAAGUUGUGUGAUGGUUAACCACAUGAGCUGUGAGCUAGAAGCCUCUGGUUCAAAUAGCACCUCAGUGUACAGGGUGAGCUCAGCCAAAGCACUUUUUAUUGGUCACAGUGUCUCCUCUGUAACAGGGGAAUGUGUGUGUUUGUGUAGGUUUAGACAGAAUCUGGUAGCCAGUUAUUUCUCCUUGAUUCCUUGUGCAUCCAAGAUUAGACUGUUUAGUCAGAUUGUUGCCAGAUUCAAACUGGCAUUGCAUUUUAUAUUUUCCUUUAUGUCUGGAGUUAAUAAUGUUGAUCUCCUCUACAGAGUCAUUGGGAUUUCUGGGGGAAAGUGUUAAGUUCUUUGAGCACUCAGGAAAAGCAUUACUCACAUACAUAUUGGUGAUCAAAUUUUGUAUAUGAAUGACAUUUCUGACAAGAUGCUUUCUUAGGCAUGCAGGAAUAAAACCUUAAAUUGUGCUGAAGAGGUAUGGGGAAGCUGAUGUACUCUGGCUGCUGAUGCUGAUUAUUCUUGUUUCAUUAUAUAAAACCAAAACUCUGAUUACCCCUCUCUGUGCAUGAUUCUCUUCUCAAACAACAGAGCAGGAAGAAAAAGCCCAAAGGGAAGCAGAAGAAGGGAAAGUUGGAAGAAGAGCUGAAAGGGCAGCCAGAAAGUGACAGAGGAGGUAAACCAGAGAAGCAGAAGUUAUGUGGAGAUGCACUGCAAGAUUCUGAUUCAGAUGUCUGGAAUCAAGCUUCCAGUGACAUACACUCGUCAUUUGGGAAUGACCAUGUACCUCUGAGUGCUUUGGGCUGGAAAAGAAUUAGCAGCAGCGACUCAGAGUAUUCUGAUGCUGAAGGGGGGAUACAGAGUAAAACAAGGUUGGUGUAAACCUAUAAAGUAUACUUUAAGAUUAUUUUUAACACUAUUGUUGUAUGGUUAUUAUCUUUUCGAUGUUGUAAACCACUUUGAUAUCUUUUAUGAUUUAGCGGUAUAUAAAUACUUUUUAUAAAUAAAUAAAUCUAAUCCAGGUUUUUAAAUCCAUUAUCUGUUCUGUGCACCUAAAAAUGUAUUCUCUUGUUUUGUGCAAGGUCUUUCCAAGCAAAAGUUCGUCAAGGGGCUUUAACUUGCUUCCUUUCCACUGUGAAAUCGAUAGAGAAGAAAGUCCUGUAUGGUUACUGGUCAGCAUUUGUUCCCGAUGUGCCUGGAAUAGGAAGCCCACAGUCUGCAUCCUUGAUGACUAUUGCUUUAAAAGAUCCUUCUCCAAAGGUAAGAAGUUGACUGGCGGCUGUAGACUUUCACUGGUGGACUUUCAUUCUUGGUUUAUCCAACCUUUCCAUGUCAGACUGCCUGUCCUCUUUAUCCCUUGAAUACCCAGCUUUGGUACUAGCACUUGUGCCUUGUUGUAACACAGAGGUAGGCUUUUUCACUGGUGGCUGAACUACGAGAGGCCUCAUCAGUAUUGGCAUUCCACUGGCUCUUCCACCUGUUUGGGAAGUCCCAACUUCAAGGAAAGUCUUACCUAAUCUAAUAGGUUUUUUUUUAAACUAUUAACACUUUAUAACAGGCUUGUUUUUGUGUGUGUUUUAAUUGUGCAUGGAUUUCAUAACUGAUCUUGUAAACCACUUAGAAGCCAUUUUGAUGUGUAAGCGAUCUUAUUUUAUUAUCAUCCUUAUUAAGUUGUAGGGAGCUGCUUUAUACCAAGUCAGACUCCUUAUCAGUCUAGCCCAGCAUUGUCUACUUUUGAGCAGCCAUGGCUCUCCAGGGUCUUUCCCCAUUGCCUGAUCUCUGUUCCUUCUAACUAGGAGGUGGUAGGGAUCAAACCCAGGACCAUCUGUCUGUAGGGUCUUUGCCUUACCACUGAGCUAUUAUUGUCCUUCCCGUGAAAUGAAUCCCUCCCUCUUCCAGACACGGGCCUGUGCCCUCCAAGUUCUCUCGGCCAUCUUGGAAGGCUCCAAGCAGUUCCUUUCCAUUGCUGAAGAUGCAGUUGAUCACAGGAGAGCCUUCACACCCUUCUCGGUUUCCAUUGCAUCCAGCAUCCGAGAGCUCCACCGCUGUCUGCUGCUGGCCUUGGUGGCUGAAUCCUCUUCCCAGACGCUCACCCAAAUAAUCAAGGUAAACCUUUGCCUGCAGGAAUUCCCUUUAUGUUGUCAAUUCUACUAGUUUGCUUGCCAGCAGGGUUUAAAAGUAAUUUUUUGCAGCAUGCAUUGUUUCUCCAGCAGUUGUGCAGAUUCUCAUAAUCAGUGCUAUUAGCCAUGAUGGCUAUGGUCUUGUUGCUAAUCUACAGGCAACCAGAAAUAAGGAUUACUAAGCCUAUUACGGCUACUAGUCCUUGCCCAAGACAGUCCUCCUGUAGGUACUAAUGCACAAGAAGCAUACAUGGUGUCUACUUUUUAAGUGACUUGCUAACACCUUCUCUUUUCCUUCCACGUUUCCAGUGCCUUGCCAAUCUGGUAUCAAACGCGCCAUACAGCCGUCUAAAGCCUGGGCUGCUGACAAGAGUAUGGCACCAGAUAAAGCCAUACCUUAGACACAAAGGUAAGCGCAGGUCCCAGUUCUCCUUGGGGAUGUGGGUUAGUGCCACAGCCUUGCAUGUUAAUGGUCUUCUGUGUAUUAAACUUCCAUUCUGAGAAACUGACUGCUGCAUUAUGGCAUGUAACCCAGCGGUGUACUUGUCAGUUGCUGCCGGAAACCCUGGGGAAUGGUGUCAAAUAUUUCUGCUCCACGAAUUGGAGCGCCCCCCACCCCAAUUUGGGUUGGCAACUGGCAGCGAGCCAAGGGGAGUCACAUUUGGCCCUAGGGCUUCCAGUUGCUGAUCUCUGCAUUUUAAGACUUAGCAUGAUGCCAGAGUAUACAAUGCAUACAAGGUAGUGGCCUGGCCGUGGCCUUACUGUAGCUGCCUCACAGGUGCUCUUUGUUUCUUUCUACUAGAUGUUAACGUUCGAGUGUUAAGCCUCACACUGCUAGGAGCCAUCGUAUCUGCUCAGGCUCCUUUGCCGGAGGUUCGCCGCCUUUUGCAGCUGCCCAGCUCUUCAGGGCUCAGUGAUGGCCGCUCUGCCAUACCGCAUUCAGCUACAUGCUCUGGCGUACCUGAAUGGCGCAAAGAAGCCCCAGCAGCUCCAGGAGAUGAGCCCCUUGCUGUGGGAAACGAACCAGCAGAGCCCUGCUGGCUCCUAAAUCUCUGCAUCUCUCUGGUUGUGCUGCCCAAGGAAGACAGCUAUUCAGAUAGCGACACCGGCUGCCUGCCAGCCACUAGCAUAUACGAACCCUCUCCAGUUCGGCUGGAGUCCUUGCAGGUAAGUCAAUGAGGCUAGAUGGCCAGAAUGAUAGCCACCUUCUUCCUACAGUUAAAACAAGGGAGUCCUCUGGCACAUUGAAGACCAUAGCUCAGUCGGAAAACACAUGCUGGCCCACCUGUUGAUCACCUGAUGUCACAGGGAAGUUGGUUGCAAGGUGCUGCCAAAAUGAAGUUUCCUCCCUCUGUUUUAGUAGGCAUUUCCACGCAAAACCCCCUCCUGAAUCAGGCUUCAGCACCAACUUAUCAACUACUCAAUUGGGGGCUAUUACAUUAAGGUGCUCUGGCUGUGCCUAUUGAGAACAGCCAAUACAGGUAUUAUCCCUGUCUUCCUGCCCAUCAGGUGACAUUUCAAGUGACAUCAGCUGAUAAGCAGGCAGGUGUGGUUUUGGGGAAAUGGCCUUGCGGACCAAAUUAGACCCAGGACUAAGCUACAUUAGUUUUUUUUUUUUAAAGUUAUAAAUGCGUUAUAACACUGUGACAAUAGAUGGUGUAGAGCUGAAAUCGGAACACUAUGAAAUUUUCCAUUGUGAACUUUGAAACAGUUUUUUGCAGAGCGUUUUCAGAGUGUUUUUUAUAGCUGUUUAGAUGCAGCCCUACUGACAGACCAGGAGUGGCCCAUGAUCCAGAGGAUUCCCACUGCUGGAGGAAUGUAGCUGCCUAUGUUUAUCUGACACAUGCUCUUCUCUCCAUCUUUAUCUAUUCCAGGUCCUAGCCCUACUUGUCAAGGGGUAUUUCUCAGUCUCUCAGAGCUAUCUGCUAGAGCUUGGUGAAGUGGCUUGUAAGUGCAUGGAGGAAACAGAUCCAUCCAUCCAGCUCCACGGGGCAAAAGUAAGAGCUUGUAGAGUUUGUCCAGUGUUGGUGUUGUAUGGUAAAAAAUAGCUUCUGUCCAAACUUCUUUGAUUCCAGAUAAAUGCACUUUUUUGUUCAUUAAAUUCAUAUAUAUUCAGCCUAGCCGCAAAGCGUUAUUGGCCUCCUGGGGCAUCUUCCCAACGAGAGUCUUUAAUGAUACCAGGACUAAACCUCUUUUCCGUAGCAUCGUACAAAAAGGUAUCCGCUCGCCAGACAGGCGCGACAUAGUCUUGAAACUCAAGCCGUCCACCCAGGAACCUCACCCUCCCUCUCAGCCCAAGCUUCCUGGUUUAUCUACUCCAGCAACAGAGAAGCAUGACCAAAGCGGACCCAGUCAUCUGGCUUCCUCAGAGGAGAGGGACCUUAUUUCAUCCUACGGCGAGUUGCCAUUAGUAGAACAGCAGGAAGUUAUAAACAGGCUUGAUACACUCAAGCAGCAACUUACACAUGUACUUCAAGAGAAAAUCUCUUCAAAACCUGGUCAUAGCAACCUAUUAAUUCAAAGGAACGCAGUCAUGAAGGGGCUAACACCCCAGAAACCCCUGCCAAUCACUGGGACUCCAAUAACGGAUGAUAUGGCAGUCUGCCUGGCGGAAGCUCCUCAUACACCGUCGCAACGCAGAUCCUCUUCACCUCUACUAAUAGAUUUGCAAUCAACUACCUCGUCCCUCGCCUUAAAGAGCAAUAUGCCAAACACCAUUCAUCCAGGUAAUCUGUCAAUGUCCUAUUCUUCCAUGCCUGACCUGGAGUCCUCAUUCAGUGCGGUCCAGGCAGAUGACUGUAUAUCCUCGUCCUCUGUCAGUCAACCUCGCUUGGUAGAUCCUCUUGUAUCCGUAACCUCUUCAAGCCAAUAUAUAAACGUUAAGGAAGCCACUGUGCAAAGAGACAGCUCAGGCUUUAUUGAAGACCCUGCUGGCCACAUCAAUCAAAUUACCACCCCUUCGAUACCUUCGGCUGUAUCACGCCUGGCGCGGUCUCAGACCCUUGGCAAUGCUUCUUCCACCAGCAACCAGAGUAUCUGACUAGCACAUAGUCCCUCCCCAAACUGCUUCAAUGUGCUAUCCUGGAACGUGGCGGGAUGGACGUCCAAACAGGAUGGCGGGGAUAUGAUAGAGUUUUUAGCGAAAUUCCAGAUUAUGGGUAUACAAGAGACCUGGUGCUUAGAAUCGUCACCCCCCCCUUCCCUACUGGGCUAUGAUGCUUUUGUGAUUCCUGCGACCAAAACACAUUUGUAUGGGCGCCCUAGUGGAGGCCUGGUAACAUUUGUUUCGCAGGAGCUUCAUCUUAAUAUCUCUCCUCUCCUUUGGUUAGAGAGUAAUUGUAUUCAAACUUUGCACAUCACUAACAGCCCGGUUGGGGACUUCAUAUGUGUUAAUUUGUACAAUCCAUCUACCUACUCCUCUUCCCAUACAAAUCGGUUUUGGGAGGAUCUAAGAUUUAUCCUUGAUAAAUCUGUGGCUGAAUUCCCAAAGUCAGAGAUCCUCAUAAUGGGGGACUUUAAUGCCAGAAUCGGAGCAGAUAUAAGCUCAUUCACCGAUAAGUCGCAACUAUUCAUAGAAGAGGAGUGGUUUCCUACGUGGAAUUCACAUGACAAGACCAUUAAUAGGGCUGGCAUCAUACUGUUGGAGUUUACCAUUAACUGCGGGCUGCACAGCUUGCAUGGUACACCCAAAGACUGGUCCGGGGGAUACUAUACUUUUCUAGGAUCUAGAGGGGCAAGCGUUAUAGAUUAUAUCUGGUCCUUUUCGGCACUUAAUGAUAAGGCAUAUUGUUUCAAUGUGUUCAACAGAACCGAAAGUGACCACCUUCCUAUUGCCAUCUCCUUCCACCACACACAGCUGGGGCUCCCAGCUCACUCCCCCACCAGGAUUCACUGACCUUAGCCCCCGGUCGUAAGAAGUGGGAUAUCUAUUUGGAGCAAGACAUAAAAGUCCUCCUAAAUUCCCCUGAGAUCCUAGCCCUGAAAGCUCAGCUGGUAACAAUGAAUGUGAAUCAUUUCUCAAGUUUCCAACAAAUUCUAGCCUACUUGCUCCCAACACUUACGAAACCCUCCCGUGCGAGUCUAACCUGGAAGAACCAAACUUGGUUCGACCAAGAAUGCAAACAGUGCAGAAGUAGGCUUAGAUUUCUUCAGUCUGAUAUGAAAUCAGACAGCACCCAGAGCAAAAUCAGGGAGUUAGCCCAAUUCCGUUCUUACUACAAGAAGUUGCUCCAACAUAAGAAAUUGAUCUUUGCGAAAGAACGCUGGACGGCAUUGUCAGUGGCCAUUAAAACCCGUGACGACAAGAAAUUCUGGAAUUUAAUUAAUGCAGGUUUAAGACCCCCCUCAUUCAUCGUUAAUAACAUCACAGCAGCCAGUUGGCACUCUCACUUUGCUCAGCUGUAUUCUGCCCCAGAUUCCGACGUAAACGCAGUUUCCACUCUUCCUGCAUCUCCCUUGCCCACCUGGGAGCCAGUCUCCCCAGAGAGAUGUGUACAACUAAUUAGCAUGUUAUCAGGGGAUAAAUCCCCGGGGGAGGAUAUGAUUCCACCCGAGGUAUUCUUAUUGAACCAGAUGUGGUGGGCCCCUAUUUUUGCAUCUCUCUUUACCACUAUUAAUGCCACUCUUAAGAUCCCGCCAAAUUGGAAACAGAGCAUAGUCAUCCCAAUACAUAAAAAGGGGGACCCACAAGAUCCGCGUAACUAUCGACCCAUCAGCCUGCUAGACAUAUCAUACAAGGUUUACUCUAGAUUCUUGCUAGAGAAAUUAAUCGAGUGGGCAGAAGAAACAAAGCUAUUCCACCCGGAACAGGCUGGCUUCCGUAAAGGUCACAGUACAUCUGGCCAAUGUCUUGUUCUAUUUACCCUGAUUGAUAAAUACCUAAACAGGUUUAACUGCAAACUACACGCGGCUUUUGUGGACCUGACCGCCGCUUUUGACUCCAUUCCCAGAGAUAGGCUAUGGCAGAAGCUUAGUUACACCAACAUAGAUAAGAGACUCCUCCUUCUUCUUAUGGAAAUUCAUAAUGACAUAUCGGCCAGAGUAAAAUUCGGCCCCCUGGGAGCUCUUUCUGAUUCUUUCCCUCUGAAUAAAGGGGUCAAACAGGGCUGCCUCUUGGCCCCUUUUCUAUUCAAUUUCUAUAUCAACGACAUCGUUACAACUAUGCAGGCCCUAAAUCAAUCUGCCCCUCUCUACAACAGCUCAAGAUCCCCAUAUUACUCUAUGCGGACGACAUGGUGAUACUGUCUUUAACCAAGCAGGGCUUAAACAACAUGCUCAGAGGGCUCAUGACAUAUUGUGAUACCAAUUCCCUCAAAAUCAAUUUCGCCAAAACCAAAAUUCUUACUUUUGGCACGAAAACUCGGAAGUCAUUCUGGAACUUUGAGGGCCACUCUAUUGAAUAUUGCUCAGCUUUCAAGUAUUUGGGAAUCACUUUUCAGCAUGGGCUUAGCUGGUCAGCUCACCUAAAUAUGACCAUCCUGGCUGCCCGUAGAACCAUCAAAGCCUUGGAGAAAUUCUUCUAUGCAAAAGGCGGCCAGUUGGUUCCACCAAUCAGAAAAGCAUUUAUUAGCAAAGUCCUCCCGAUGUUACUGUAUGGGGUUGAAAUCUGGGGGUGGAAUUUAAAAACACUUCAACGGCUGGAGAUUCUACAAAACUCUUUUGUACGAAAGAUACUGGGUCUCCCCAAGGGCUCGGUUGCUGCUCAGUUAAGAACAGAACUGGGCCUCCCUCCAUUGUUGCGAGAGCCCAUAUUAGAAUUAUUAGUUUUUAUUGCAAAUUAAUCAAUGCCCCAGGUUCCCUACUAGCCAGGCAAGCCUUUUUAACUUGUUCUCACUCCAACAAAUGGUCCAAGGCCAUGGAGACUAUUACUGUACGCUACUCCCUCCCAGAAUUCGACACGUUGUCAUCUUGGGACCAACAUAAAAUCCGGGACUGGAUUCUUAUAAGAGAUGAGGCCAUGGACCGGGCACAGUCCACCUCAGCUCGCCUCUCCAUGUGGCUCCCUAAAGUGAAAGUGGUAAGAUCACUUGCCAACUACUUGAUAGACCUGACGGAGCCCAAUUUGAGAAGAGCGUUUACAAUGGCCCGUUUUCAUUCUAUACCCACGGCCUUCUUGCAGGGGACCUACUCUAAGACCCCUAUUACUCAGCGUCUAUGUCCAUGCACAAUGAAUGAAGUAGAGGACUUCAUACAUUUCUUUUUCUACUGCCCUAUUUAUGACCCAAUAAGACCUAAGCUCCUCCUCUUGAUCCCGUCCUCCAUUUCAUCUAAGGAAGACUGUCUGAAAGCACUUCUUGUGGACGCAAAUCCCCAAAUUUCACGUGGGGUGGCAAUCUUCAUAGUGCAGGCUCUGAAACUCAGGGCUACUCUGACAGGGUAGUGUGCCCUAGUCCUGGACCUGUUUAAUUCUUUUAUUACCUUUUAACUCAAUGUGCUGAGCCUAUUUUGGGGCCAUUUUAUGCUUUAUUUAUAUCCGCAUACUAGUUUUUUGGUGCUGGCAACCAAAUCUUUGUAUUAUUGUCUUAGGGUGUUUUAAAUGUCAUUACGCCAGCAAUAUCGCUUUGAAUUUUGCUUGGUUGCUUGUCCCCAACAUUUUUUUGUAUUGUCUUAUUUUGCUAUGGCUGUAUGCUAAUGCAGAUUUAAUAAAUAUAUAUAUAUAUAUUCAGCCUAGCUCUUUGAGCAGUUUACAGACCCAUGUAAUAACAAAUCAAAAUUUAAGAAAUGGCAAUAAAGACAGCAACACCAAUUUAUAAAUAACACUGGUGUGUGUUUGUGGAGGAACCUAUCAUAAGAGCAGCUAAAAUCUAAAAACCUGCAAGAGGAAUAAUUUGGUUCAAGCAUCUAAAAGUACCAGAUGACUGUACUCAUUGUGUUUAAGAGACCUGUAAGAACAGAAGAGCAUUCUUCACCUGGCUGGUAAAACACUAUUGUGUGGUUGUCAGAAGAGCAUCUAUGUGGAGGGCAUUAUACAGUGGUGCCCCGCAAGACGAAUGCCUCGCAAGACGGAAAACCCGCUAGACGAAAGGGUUUUCCGUUUUUCGAUGCGCUUCGCAGGACGAAUUUCCCUAUGGGCUUGCUUCGCAAGACGAAAAUGUCUUGCGAGUCUUGAGAUUUUUUUUCCGCUUUCCCCUCCCUUUUUCUAAGCCGCUAAGCCGCUAAUAGCCUUUUAGCAGCUAAGCCGCUAAGCCACUAAGCCUUUAAUAGCCGCUAAACCGCUAAUAGCGCUAAUCCGCUAAGCCGCUAAUAGGGUUGCUUCGCAAGACGAAAAAACCGCUAGACGAAGAGACUCGCGGAACGGAUUAAUUUCGUCUUGUGAGGCACCACUGUACAAUUUAAAUUCCAUAGUUGAAAAGGCCAUCCAGUUAAGCUAACAGCAGCUUCCAUAUUAUAACUUGAAAAACAACAUUUAAAGGACACCACAGCAACAUAUAUAUUGUGACUGCCUUGUUGUCGUUUUCCCUGGAGGUUUUUUAUUUUCUAAAUUGGGGAGAAUGGGAAUUGGUCAAUAAGACAGAUCAGUAAGAAAGUUACCUGGGGCCGCAUGAUGUUUUGUUCCAUACACUUGUGGAUGUAUUUCAGUUUAUUCAUUUUCUGUGUUUGUUUGUGUGUGUGUGUUUGGUUUUUUUUGUCAGCUCCUGGAUGAGCUUGGUGUCGGUAUAAUACAGCAGCACAAGUCAGAUGAGGCUGUCACUGCAGAUCAACGGGUGCCUGUCGACCUGGUGUGUAUAAUAUGCAUGUGGUUGAUUCCAUUUUUCAAGCUUUUGAAAUAGUGUCUGAAUGUAGAUCCUUUGUUUAGCAAUAAAUGAAUGGGUGAGGGGUCUGGAAACCACCUCUUGUGAGGAGUAGUUGGCAAGAAACUGGGUAUCUUUAGCCAGGAGUAGAGACGAUUAAGGGGAGACAUGAUAUUAUGCCUACUGGUUUAAGGUGACUGCCAUACAGAAGGAACAGACUUAUUCUCUGUUACUCUAACCAGCAGGGUUAGAAUUUAAUGGAUGGAAACUUACAAGGAAGCAGAAUUUGGUGAAGUCUCAGUAUAAGUCUCCUUACAGCUAGAACUGGAGGAUUCCCUUUCACUGGAUGUAUUUAACAGACAGUGCUUGAACAGUCUCCUGUUAGGGAUGCUCUCAUUGAACCCUGCAUUGACUGAGUGAUCUCUUCCAGUGCUGUGAUUCUAUGUAGCAAUUUACUGAAAGACUCCUAGGGGUUAUAACUGCAACCAGGCUUUUGCUUUCUCUGUAGGUUGUAACAUUCUGGACUAGAAUGCUGAAUGGACCCUUACUGGGCGCACUCCAAAACGCCCAACAUCCAACACUUCAGACCAGCUCUUGCAAUGCUCUCUCUUCCAUCUUACCAGAAGCUUUCAGUGGUCUCCCGGUAAGCAUGUUGCUAAGCUUUACAUGUCAGUAUUCCUGUGGGAAUGAAAGAGGCAAAAAGUAGGUGGAGCAAUGGGUGUAAACGUUGCCUUGGUAAGGAUGGCUGGUUUCUACCUCUCUGUCAUCCAAGCAAGCAAGAUGCUGCAUUGUCAGGGACCACAGACACAUUCCAGCCUGGCAAAAAGUAUUCAAGGAGGGUGUGAUUCAAGGCUGGUGAAAGGGAUGGCCUGGGGUGAGAGGUUGUGGCUGCACAGGGGUGUGCGGCUCAGGGUGAGGUUCCCCUGGGCUCCAGGUUCUUCAACCCUGCUGGACACCAGGAUACAAACCCUCCAAUGUGGUUUGCCAUGAUGCCUUUACUGUGGCUCACUGUGACUUUGUUUAAAAUCCCUUGGCAGUAGCUUCAGUCUGUUAGACUUCCAUAUUUUCUGUUUUUGUUUUAACUUAACCAUUUUAAUCCUGGGCUGAAAUCCUUUCAACAAAAUGAGUUUGGCUGCGUGAUGUUUGACUGAUGACUUCUCUCCUUUUGCUGAUGGGCAGGGCGACAAGCAAAUCCUCUGCAUCACUAUUCUUCUUGGGCUCAACCACAGUGAGAAUCCACUGGUGAAAGCUGCUGCCGCUCGUGCGCUUGGGGUCUACGUUGUCUUCCCGUCUCUCCAGCAGGUCAUAGCUUGAACUCUGUUUCCUCUGUUCCUUUUGGUUUUGCUCUGCAUCUUGUUAUGAAAUGGGAACAGUGUUGUUGUUAAGUCUAGCCUUGUAAAUAAGCCCACAAAACUUACUAGCCGGGGGUGGGUGGGAAUUGUGGGAUUUUUUUUGCUGUUCUGCUUUUUCCAUGCAGAUGAAACCUUCUAACUUUGAGCUACUAGACUCCUAAACUCAGGGUCACCAAGUGAAAUCCAAGGCAGGCAAGAUGUAAUUCUUCACUCAACAUAAGAAUAAUAAUUUAUAUAGGAGCAUAGCAAAAGCCCUGCUGGAUCAGGCAAGUGGCCCAUCUAGUCCAACAACAGCAGCUUAAAAAGAGCACACUGGAUCAGGCCAAUGAUCUGUCUAGUUCAGCAUCCUUUUCUCAUAUUGGCCAACCAGAUGCCUAUUUGGAAUUUGACAAGCAGGACCUGAGCACAAUAGUGAUUUCCCUGCCUGGGAUACCCAGCAAUUGGUAUUCAGGGCCAUAACAUUUCUGACAGUGGAAAUAGAAGAUAGAUUUUAGAUAGGCAACUUCAGGGAUGAGAAGAAGGCUGGUUCCCCUUUAAAGUUGUCAGAACAAGAGGCCAUCACCACAUCUUAUGACAGUGAGUUCUAUGGGAGGAUGAGGCCUGCUAGUGUGUUCAGUCUCUCACUUUGCUGUGGCAUUGACAAGCAUAGUUCUCUGUCCUAUUAUAAAUCAGUCUUCAAAGUUUUAAUUUACAAAACGUUAAACAUGCGCUAUGGGACAUUUAAAUUGUAUUACGUACAAAAUGCAUAUACAAUGGUACCUUGGUUCUCGAACUGAAUGCGUUCCAGGAGUCCAUUUGACUCCCGAAACCGUUCGAAAAGGCACAGCUUCCGAUUGGCUGCAGGAGCUUCCUGUAUUCAAGCGGAAGCCAUUUCGGAUGUUUGGCUUCUGAAAAACGUUCACAAACCAGAGCACUUGCUUCCGAUUUUGGGAGCCGAUUUGUUUUGGCAGCUAAGCCCAUCGAGAACCAAGGUACGACUGUACACUAACCCUUACAACUGCAAAUUUCAUACGCUUCAUAAUGUUUUGUAGUUCUUUUUCACUGCCAUGAAAAUGUUUAAAUGCAUUCAUGUCCGUGUUGAAUUUCAGACUUGCAUAGAAAAUGAAAGGGGUCCAAAAGCCCUCAAAAUCUUCUGUUUUUUCUCCACCACCACCACACACAAAUGCAAAUUCUGUCACUUUUGCCAUGAAGGGCAGAUUGCAAGUCUUAAUUUAGCCACCCGUAAAAUCACUGCUAUAUUUGCACCAAUGUCUUCAGCCUGUUCAAAUUUUGGACCUUUUUGCUCGUAGCUUCUUUCAACACGGGACUGAAGCAAGUAUACAGGUCUAGUUACACAUCACCCUACUUAGGUCCUGGACAAAUGUCUCCCUUCUCCAGUGGGUGGGACAUGGAUAUUAUAAAUUUCUCCUGUAUAUAACUGAGUAUAACUACUCACUUGACAAUCCUUUGGGCUCUCAAAGCACAGCUUGAGAUUAGCAUUUCUGUUCAAACCUCAUGUGUAUGUUUGCAAGUCCUUUAGUAAGCAGGCUGCUCUUUCAGAGAGCACUGCUAAGCUAAACACGCAAACAGCUGAAGCUAAAAAGAGUGUGUGUGUGGCUUUUUUUUCUUUAAAUGAAUAAUAGCAAUGGCAAAGAAAGGAGAAGACAAAUGGAGCGUGACACUGAAGAGCAGAUUAGAGUUGUAAGGUCACUGGGGAGUACUGAGAAGCAAUUAAUUUAAUGAUAGGUUGUGAUUAGUGAAAGGAUAAGAUUAGCGGUUUGGGGUAAUUGCACUAGAUUUUAAGUAGCUGGAGCACCAAUUAGAUGAAAAUGUACUCAGAGGCCCUUGUAGUAUCAGGAGACCAGUGAAGUUUGGGCACCUCAUACAACCCGUCAGUAAUUAACAGUCAAUCAAGGUGAUGGGGUAUAUUGGAUAAAAUGUAAUACAGUGUCCGUGAUAUGUAGAGGAAGGCCAACUCUGCAGUUAGUGAUGCACCGGAUAGUCAUAGGCAACCAGGAAUUCCGUGCAGGCAACCACUUCAUUCUUCUUCCACCAGCCUGCUGCUAAGAGGCCAGUAGCCUGUGAUUCCUUGCCUACCAAGGAGCAGGGGGCUUCCUUUCCUUCAUGGCCAACAUGGAAAUGCAGGCUAUUAGCCUCUUAGCAGCCUAUUAAAGUUUGCAGGCUAGUAACUUCUGCAGGCUUCUUUACAAAGCUGAAGGAAGGUUGGCUUUUUAAAAGCUUAAAUCACUAGGAUAACUUUGCCACAGGAGUAGUGACCAUAUCAAGAGGAAUAAAAUGAACUCCAUAUCCGGAGUCAGCAUAACUCCCACUUGCUGGGGAUAAACAGGGGAGAGAUAUUGCCUUCCUGCCCUUGUAGGCUUCUUGAAAACACGUAGCCGACAGCUGUUUUGAGACAGAAGUUUGGUGGACUACAACACCCAUCAUCCCUUACCAUUAAUAUGCUAUCUGAAGCUUAUGGGUGUUUUAGACCAACAUCCGUAGGGCUACAGCUUCACCGCUGGCUUAUUUGCUCUUCAGUUUUCUUCUUCUGCCCCCAUUUCCUGUCCUUUCUCAUGGUCCAGACCCUGUUCAGUUCUCUCUAAUUGCCCCAUCCCUCUCAUGGGUAACCAUAAGAGCAGCUUGGCCAGUCGUAGGUAGAAGCAAGGUAAGAAUGCUCAGCCAGUGACAACCAGCAGGAGAAUUUAAGAGGAGCCUGGUGGAUCAAGUCAGUGGUCUAUCUAGUCCAGGAUCCUGUUCUCCCCAGAUGCCUAUAGGGAUCCUUUCUGCCUGUGGUUUCCAGCCACUAGCAUUCAGGAGCCUACUGCCUCUGACAGUCGAGGCAGAACUUAGUCAUUGUGGCUUGUAGCCAUUGAUAGCCUUCCCCGAAUUUAGCCAAUUCUCUUUUAAAGCUAUCUAAGUUGGUGGCCAUCACUGCCUGAUGUGGAAGCAAAUUCUUUCUGCUUCCUUUUGUCUGUCCUGUAUCUUCCAGCAUUCUUCUUUUAACAGAUGCCCCUGAAUUCUUGUGUUAGGAGACAGGGAGACCUUUUUGUUGUUGUUAUAACUCACUUUCUCUACACCAUGUUUAAUUUUAUACACUCAUGUUGCCUCCUGCUUACCUUUUUUCUAAACUAAAAAGCUGCAAAUGUAUCCAGACACCCUUGUGUGGCAGCUGAGCUAGACACUCCUACAAAAAUCCCUUGCUGGGUUGUGAUAUAUAAAAUCAGCCAAGCAGGGUUCCUGGGGAAGAGGGUGAAAUCAAAUGGACCGAAAAAAAUGGUCAAUAUCUAUCCUUAGGAUGUGAUGUUCGUUGCGGACACAGCCAACGCAAUCCUGGAUUCCCUCUGUGACAGUUCUCCAAACGUCCGUGCCAAAGCAGCUUGGUCCUUGGGCAACCUGACAGACACUCUGAUCAUCAACAUGUAUGUAGCAAACUCCUUUGGGACUUUUUUUUUUUUACAUCUUAUGAAAUCAUUAUUUAAAUGACAUUUGGAAAAACAGCAACUGAACCCCAUAAAAUUAAAAUUUAAAAGAAACAAGCGUUUGAGAAAGGGGGAAGGUUCUACUCAGUGCCAAAAAGAUAACACCUCAAAGGGGGGGGGUUUCUAAAGCUGACGGGUCACCACAGAGAAGGCCCUGUCCUCUCCCUUUAAUGUUUUGACCCAGAUACCAACCUUUUGGUACACAAGUCUAUUUGUGUGCUGUUUCCCCAGUGGCAUUUAAAAUUCCACUACCUGCCUGUACCAGAGCCUAGUUUUUGAUACUUCUGUUUUGUCCUAAUGAGAUGGUGUGUGUGUGUGUGUUUGUGGGAAUUGGGCAGGUAGUCCAUAAUGAAUCUGAUUCUGGGUCUUCAAUUUACAUCACUCAUUUCUUACUUUUAAAAAAAGCAGUAAGUAGAAGUAUGUAGAAGAACAAGCAAUAGAUUCCUAAUUUAAUCAUGGAUUUCCUUCCCACAAUUUGAAAUGGCCAGUCCAAGGGCACUGCUGUUUUGUCUGAUGCUAACUCAACAUAGUUUUGUUGUUGAGUUUCAUCUCAACAUAGUUUUGUUGUUGAGUUUCAUCUUUUACUCAGGUGGGCAUUAUGUGUGCAUUUCUUGCAGCAGUUCUAAUUAUGAUCUCUCCUCUUUUGAUCCCCCUUCCCGUUUUGGGAAUGCAGGGAGUUGUUGGGACAAAGUUUCCAGGAUGAAUUCUCAGACCUGCUGCUUCUGAAAAUGUUGCGGUCGGCAACUGAUGCGUCAAAGGACAAAGACAAGGCAAGUGCAUUGACGAUCCCUUUGUAUUUGGUGGUGCUGUGGACUUGUGUGUAGCUCUUGGAUUCAGACACACUUCAAAUACUGGGAGUGCCAAGAGUUCCAGAGUUGGUGGCCAAAAUGUGUUUUGUUAUUUAGACGCAUUGAGGAAUCCACUUAACCAUUCAGCCAGGACCAGAACAGGAGUGCAUUGGAAUAACCAAUGCAUUCAUAGAGGGCAGUGAUGUCACUCUGGCUGGCUGAAGUGGUGAGACUUUGCAGUUGAAAACAGGACCUGUAGUUGUCGUCCCACAUAGACUAAGUGCUGGAGUGUUUUGGGAAAUGUACUACAUUUUCCUCAAGGUGUUUCCUGCCUCCAGCUUGGAUUUUGCAUUGUUGGAGAGGCAAGCAGCUAUGAUUGUAAGCAAGCUCCAAAUCGGUUCUUUUCAGGGGAAUGUGAAGUCUGGUGCUGCACUUCUGCACAUGACCUCUUGCCACAAGGGGGCAGGUUUUGUGGCUUCUUUAUUUCCCAUCUUUCCAGCCUUUGUGGCACCUGAAAUACAAAUUUACUGUGACAUAAGCUUUUAUGAGUUUAAAAUUCACUUCAUUGGAGCUAAAGUCAACUUCUUCUGUUCUUAGGUGCUGAGAUGUGUUUGUUGUUUGAGCAGUAUAUGAGUCUUGUCAAAUAAACAAACUGGCUUGUAAUUCACAAAGCUUAUGCCGUAAUAAAUUUGCUAGUGUUUAAAUUUAUUUUUAUUUAUCAAAAUUUAUAUACUGCUUGAUUGUUACAGAAAAAAGAGGUUUACAAAAAUAAAUGCUAUGCGACUUCUUGUUUUGCUGCAGCAGACUGACGUGGCUGCCCCUCUGAAACAUUUCUCUCCCCUCUACAGUCUUAGCAACACUAUGGGGUAGUUUCACUUUGGAGUGGUUGUUCCCAAACGUUCUGGGGCCGAAUUGCAAUUUGAACCUGGUUCAAUAUGUGCACUCCUCAGUUUAAGGAACAUGGAAUGAAGCUGCUUCCCAGACUUCACAUGAUAUACCAGAUGGAGUGUGGAACUGUUAUUUCUACUCCAGCUCAUAGGCGCUUGACGUGGCUUUGCAAACACAUAUAAUAAAGCAGAACUCUUUAAAACGCACACAAAAGUAAAUUAAAAGUAGCAAUCUAAAACACAAUACAAAUACCAGCAGUAGUUGAGUGGGAAAACCUGUUUUUAACUCACAAUGAAAAGAAGCCACAGAGGGAGCUGGAUAGAUUUUCGAAUGGAGGGUAUUCCAGACCUACAGCGCUACCACCAAGAAGGUCCUGUUUCUGAUGCUCACUCACCUUACAGCCUGGGUAAAUCUGUGACUGAAGGCAGUGGCAGCAGCCAUUUUCUUGCACAUACCAGAAUUUCAAAAUCUCUCUUCCAGGUGAAAAGCAAUGCUGUCCGUGCCCUUGGAAACCUCCUUCAUUUUCUGCAGCCGUCACAGAUUGCUAAUCCCAGGUUCAGCCAACCCAUUGAGGAAUCUGUACAUGCCUUGAUCUCUACAGUGCAGAGUGAAAACAGAAUGAAAGUCUGCUGGAACGCCUGCUACGCACUUGGGAACGUCUUCAAAAAUCCUGCCUUGCCGCUGGGUGAGUGCAAAACAAUGGUUCGAUGUUUCUGUGCCUCAUUUGUCUUGUAUGUUAUUGAUCCCAAAUGGAUGUGCAAAAAUGAGGCCUAGGACCAUGUGUCCUUUGAGUGGAUAUUGGCAAAGAUUUCCCUUCUUGUCUCUUCAAGGCACCUGGUCUACAGAUCACAGGCAGUAUGGUGUAAGAAUCCAAGGAAACCCCGGUUGUAUCAUACUGGGGAUGGCACUCAUACUCAAUGGCACACUGCCUCUGAAAUUCCAUUUAUUCAUUGCAUUUUUAUUUUACUUAAAAGUAUUUCAAAACCACUUAAUAUUCUGAGAAUCUCUUAAACCAUGCAUGCUACGUACAAUGUGAAAACAUUAUACAUGAAAUAAAAUAAAAAAAACUUUCUAUAAACCCCAUGAAGGCAAGUAAAUCAGAUGUUCAGGAGAUUUGCACAAAUAAAUCAGGGCCUGGUCUUAUAGGCCAGAGAAAGCCCCAGCAAAAAUGGUAAAGUCUUCACAAAACAUCUGAAGCAACUGGCAAUUGCUGCUUCACAUAUGGCAGAAAGUAAGGGCAUUCCACAGUACAGGGGCAGUAACAGAUAAUGUCUGUUUUCAGGUCACCACCCUAUGAUAUUCUGUAGCGUGCAGUGCUGCCAUGAGUAGAAUUUCUCCCUGGUGAUAUAAGUUGGUAUCUUCAAUCUUUUCAGACCCAGGACCCAUUUUUAACCCCCAAAUGCAUUUUGGGACCCAUUCCAACCUUUUACCAUAUUUUUGUGUUGUGGUAGUGCUCCUGUCAUAACCCACGUUGGAUCAGGCCACAAGCUACUAGUAGGUCCUGACCUACCAGUUGAAGACUGGUGAUCUAAGUGAACAUGGGCAGGUGGUCUUUCAGGUAAUCUGGUCCUGAGUUGUUCAGGCCUUUAUAUGUUAACAACAGGACCUUGAACAUGGCCCACCUGUCUCUUAGAUUUUUGGCAGAUUGUGGCCAUGAAGCACCUUAUCCAGUCUCCUGACCCUUGCUUUUUCCUGGUUCAAAUUCUUUUAGGAGAAGCCCUUUGGACCGCCCAAGCCUAUAACGCCCUUACCUCUGUUGUCAAGUCCUGCAAGAAUUUCAAAGUCCGCAUCAAAUCAGCUGCUGCCCUCUCAGUGCCAGCCGAAAGGAAGCGCUACGGGACCCCUGAGCAGUUCUCCCAGAUCUGGAGUGCGUUGGUUGUGGCCUUGCAGAGAAGUGAGGAGGCCCAAGACUUCCUGGAGUUCAAGUACAGCGCCAGCCUGCGGACGCAGCUCUGCCACACUCUGCUUCAUUUGCUGAGCCUGGCAGACGAGGUGGACCUGCCGGCUAUCGAAAAGGCGGUGGCUGAGCAUGGAGAAGUAAUUGGAUCUUACAUGUUGCAGUAUUUGAAAUCUGGAGUUUCCGAAGAGGAAGUGGGGAUAGGUGAGAAUUUUCCCGAAAGGAGCAAAUUCCUGGAAAGGGCUGUUGAGCAUGUGCGGAGUAUCGAGGAGCUGUUGGAAGGAUGCCCGAAGAAAAGGGGGACAGUAGCUUAUCUAGAAGACAUAUUGGAAGCCCACAACAGUGCCACAGGACUCUCGGAAGCUUAAAGGAAUGUGGCCUAAGCAGAGGGCAUCUUCUCGGGUGCCACAAAAGACAGCUUUGCUGUUGGCAAUAGAAAACUGCCUUGAGCCUUCCUGUAGGGGUCUUAGACAUGGCUGCCUUGGUCCCUCAGAAGCAGUAGCAGCACACAGCAAGUAAAAUCAAGCCCCUUUCUGUAGACGAGUCAGUGCACUUUGAUAUGGAUGGGGCAGACUUUCAGGUUCCUAAGAACUCUUUCCCCAAGUGGGGAGCGCGAUAGUGGAAGAUACAGGCAUUAAAGGAAAGGGAAGAGAUAGCGGAGUGUCCAGUACUGUCAGGGAAAAGGGGAAUUAAAUGCCAAACACAAAUUCAGACCAAAUAGAAAGAACCUGGUAAGUAAGACUCUCAGUCGCCAACUCUGGUCUGAUAAAAAAUAAAUGGGUUAUGUGCUUGAUAAUAAUAAACCACUAAUAAACUUUUGCCUUCCUAUUUGCAGUCACCUUAUUUAUUGGAUUUUAGUGGCUCUAAAUUAUUGGUUGGUUAGAAAACCUGGGUUGCCAGGCAACUAAUAAAUUUAAUCAGAAAGUUCUAGAUAAUUAAAAUAAUUAAAUGAACAAAAACAACCCUUCCUCCUCUCCCAAUAUGAGGAUUCAGAAACCAAGGGAAAGGGGGCCUUCCUCUACGGUUCCAUAUUUGUCACAUGACCUGUUUCCAGAGCUCUAUUCCUGCUAGUCCAUGGCAGUUUGAGGUAGCCUUCAGUUAUAUCACAUCCCCCAUCUAUUCCCACAUAGUUUGGCUACCGUCAUAUAUAGUGCUAUUUUUCUAGAAAAAGAGGUGCCGGAAAUCACCAUGAACGCCUCCCUUGUUUUCUUAUAAUGGCAAUAGCACCCACCUGAGAAGUGCCGGAACGGAGUUCUAGCUGACAAAAAGGCCUGGUCAUAUGACAGAUGUUUAUGUCCUUGGUGUUAAGGGACUGAGGGAAGAAAGUAUCCCAUUUUCAGAAUUUUAUAAUAAUCAGGGUGGAUAAACUAUGACUCUCUUCAGACAUCACACCAAACCUCUAUUGUGGUUUUAACCUUCUGUAAAUUAUCGUAAUUUUUUAAGUGAUGGUUUUAUUGUUUUACAGUAUCUUUUUUGUAUACCCCUUUGAGAUUUUAUCUACAAUCAAGUGGUAUAUAAAUUUUAUGAAGUAAAACAAACAAGCCAACCAUGGUUUGGGAAACUUAACAGUGGUUUGGAAUGAAUUGACAUGCCAUAUUUAUGACUGUUCCUUCAUCUCCCAAACCUCCUGCACUAUGGAGAUGGGAGUAAAUUUAGGAAACUGCAACUAUUCGACUGUCUGUUGAAUGUUUUCAAAGUUUCAGCCAUAGUUUGUAUAUUAUACUAGACUUGGCACAAUCUCUGGUUGCAUGUGAAGCCUGAUCUGAGCUAAAAUAUAUCCAAUUCUAGGUUUUUCUCCCUCCCCCCCUCCCUUUUUUGGUAGGAGUACCAUACUUUAUAUGGGACGCGGGUGGCACUGUGGGUUAAACCACAGAGCCUAGGACUUGCCAAUCGAAAGGUCAGUGGUUUGAAUCCCCAUGACGGGGUGAGCUCCCGUUGCUCGGUCCCUGCUCCUGCCAACCUAGCAGUUUGAAAGCAUGCCAAAGUGCAAGUAGAUAAAUAGGUACCGCUCCAGCGGGAAGGUAAACGGUUUCCGUGCGCUGCUCUGGUUCGCCAGAAGCGGCUUAGUCAUGCUGGCCACAUGACCCGGAAGCUGUACACCAGCUCCCUCGGCCUGUAAAGCGUGAUGUGCACUGCAACUCCAGAGUCGGUCACGACUGGACCUAAUGGUCAGGGCUCCCUUUACCUUUACCUUACCAUACUUUAUAUAUUGCUGAUUUGGACUUAAGGGGACUUUGUGUGAUUUCCAUUUUGGCAGAAUGCAUUCUUUGUUAUCUUACAGUGUCUGUUUUGCCUAAAUUCUGCUGUUUUGUGCUGUGACUAAAGCAGAUCUGUCCAGGCAAACAGCCUAACGAGGCAACCACCCAGCCCAGUUCCCAACAUCUAAGCCUGAAGAAAAGUCCUAUGACUCAACAGUUUGCCUCUUAAAAAAAAUAAAUCUGGUUUCUCC